AUGUCAAACUCCAAAGAUGCCGCCUCCUUUGUCCAACCACACGACUCGGCGAAGCUUGUGCCUCAUGACAAGCUUCACUACGACACCGUUACCUCAUUUAGCGAUCCUGUACCAAAAGAUCGAGACUUGACUUCCAGUAUCUCGGAUUCUGAUGAAGAAGGCCUGGCAUUGCAGAAGAAUCCUUUCCUAGACCCCGAGGUUGCCGAAUAUUGGACCACAGCCUAUGAGAAAUCGCAGUAUGAGUGUCGUCAUGUUUUCGAUCCUACUUUCACUUGGACCGAGGAAGAGGAGAGAAGGCUUGUGAGAAGAUUGGACUGGCGUGUUUGUUUGUGGGCAUGUGUCAUGUUCUUUGGUUUGCAGGUCGACAGAGGCAACUUGAUUCAAGCAGCGGCCGAUAAUCUGCUGAAGGAUAUAAAAGUCAAUACGAAUGACUACAACUUUGGAAACGUCAUUUUUCUGUUCUCGUUCCUCUUAGCUGAGCUGCCGUCUCAGUUGAUCUCAAAGAAAAUCGGACCAGAUAGAUGGAUCCCAAUGCAAAUUAGUCUUUGGUCAAUUGUCGCUAUGUCUCAGUGUGCAAUCCAUAACCGAACGGGUCUCUAUGUCACUCGCUGCCUGUUGGGUCUAUUGGAAGGCGGCUUCAUCCCAGACAUUGUCCUCUGGUUGUCCUAUUUCUACACUUCACGGGAGUUACCAACUCGACUAAGCUUCUUUUGGUGUGCGCUCUCUACUACGACCAUCAUCACUUCGCUCAUGGCUUUUGGUCUUCUACGUAUGCGGGGUAUUCAAGGCUGGAGCGGAUGGCAGUGGCUGUUUUUGAUCGAGGGUCUCAUCACACUUUGUGUUGGAAUCGCUUCUUUCUUUAUGAUGCCAGCAUCGGCAGUACAGACCAAAACCUGGUUCAGACCGAAUGGGUGGUUCACUGACCGCGAGGUCAAGAUUGUCGUCAACAGGGUUCUUCGAGACGACCCUUCAAAGGGUGACAUGCACAAUCGACAAGCCAUCACGCCCCGCCGUCUUUGGGAGGCGGCAAAAGAUUAUGAUCUUUGGCCCCUAUACGCGAUAGGAAUGAUUGCUUACAUCCCUCAAGCGCCACCAGCAACUUACAUCACUCUUACAUUGAAGUCACUCGGCUUCAGUACAUUCAACACGAAUUUGCUAACAAUACCAUACUCACUUGCUCACAUCAUCACGCUCCUUGGACUUACGUGGUUAAGUGAGAGAACAAAUCAACGCGCUAUGGUCGCAAUACUCCAGCCAAUCUGGACACUGCCUUGCAUUAUUGCUUUGCGCUUCUGGCCUGGAUCCUUAACCAACGCCUGGGGUACGUUUGCCUUAACAACAGUGCUUCUCUCGUAUCCCUAUUGUCAUGCCAUUCUCGUCGGUUGGGCAUCCAAAAACUCCAACAACGUCGGAGCUCGAUCUGUCUCCACCGCAUUCUACAACAUGUCAGUGCAACUCGGGAACAUUUGUUCAAAUUUCAUGUAUCGCCAGGACGAUAAGCCCUUGUACCGUCGCGGUAAUCGAAACCUGCUGAUUGUCAACUUUCUAUCCAUCGGACUCUUCCUAUUCACAAAAUGGUAUUAUGUGCAGAGAAAUAAGCAGAGGGAUCGUGAGUGGGCGAAGUUGACACCGGAGCAACAACGGGACUAUAGGGAUAACACAACUCUGUCGGGUUCGAGGAGAAAGGAUUUCCGGUUUGCGCAUUGA